CUGGCCAGAAUUUGUGAGCGAGGGCCCUGGGCUGCACUGCAAGGGGCUGGAUGCGGUCUUUGACCGACAACCCCUCCUCCUUUCCCCGCGGGAACUCGGAGGCGUUGUCGCGGGGACGGUGUUUCCGGCGGGCUACAUUGAGUGUGACACCUCGUCGAGCGGAGGCUCGCCCGCGCUUUUCAGGCUCAGGGUUGCCUUCGGGAGGCUCUCUCUUCGGAAGAGGUUGCUCGGGUUAGUUGGAUCCAGCGGCAGGGGUCCUUCCCUCGGUGUGGAAAUGCCUGUUAAAAGAUCACUGAAAUUGGAUGAUCCGUUCGAAGCACAUUCAUUGGAGCCUUCAAGAAUCACAAGGAAGAGAAGUGCGACAAAUUAUUCUCCAUCAACUGGAACUUGUCGAUUGAGCCCAUAUGCUUCGCCCAUAAGCUCUAAAGAACAAGAGCACAAAAAUGGACCUACAAAUGGAAAGAGAAAAAAUUUGAAUCAUCUCAGUUUAACCCAGAGAAAUAAACCUACGACAAAAGAUGAUGAAUUAAUAGUGUUGCUAUCUAAAGUUGAGAAAUCAUCAGAGGAAAUCAUGGAAAUAAUGCAAAGUUUAAGUAUUACACAGGCUUUGGAGGACAAUAGAAAGCUUCAAAAUCUCAUUGGUAUUUCUUAUGGACCAUGUUUCUUAAAAAGAGAAAUGAAGAAAACGAAAGAACUAAUGACAAAAGUAAUAAAACAAAAACUGUUUGAAAAGAAGAAUUCAGAACUUUCUAAUAAAGAGUUACGUCAUCUUGACAGCUAUGAAUUCCUGAAGGCCAUUUUAAAUUGAGGCAUUCAGAAGAAGUGUAUUCACUCUGAACACCAACUUCUGCAUCUGCCUGAUCAUAUUUAAAGGAACAGAAGAAAUGUUUGUAAUUAAUCUGCCCAGUAAAUACCAGAUCACAGCACUAGGCAGGUGCGUGUCUAGAUAAAAUUUCUUGCAGCUAAUUUAAACUUUCUACACACACCAGUAGAUAAUCUCAAUGUAAAUAAUACAUUUCUUCUUGACUGUUUAAUGAAUAAGCCAACAUGUAGGCAAGUAUCUUGACUUUUAUUCUAUAUCAUGUAUGCUUCUGUAUACUUUUAGCAUUUGUGGAUAGAUUUAAUAAAGCAUUUAUGAA